AUGAGCAAAAUUUCUGCGGUGAUUGUUGAUGACGAGCCCCUUGCCCGUGCCAACAUUCGAGAGGCGCUGCGAGUUGCACCGAAAUGGCAGGUGGUUAGAGAACUGAGCAGCAGCGCCGACGCGCUGCCAACGAUUCGCAAGCUUGCCCCCCAGGUGGUGUUUCUUGAUAUUCAUAUGCCCGGUCAAAGUGGGAUUGAGAUUGCCCACCAGCUGCUCGCGCUGGAGCAGCCACCUCUGGUGGUGUUCGUCACGGCUUUUGAUCAGUACGCCAUCCAGGCCUUUGAGCUGUUUGCCUUCGACUAUCUGCUUAAGCCCUUUGAUGAUGAGCGGUUUAAAAAGACGCUUGAUCGAAUUGAGCGAAGCGUUGGCCGAGCUGAUGAGCGGUAUCAAAUUCAGCGCCAGCAAUCAGGCUACCCCGCCUCAAAUCAAGCUCAGUCAGCGCCCCUGGAGCGUCUGGUGAUUCGCUCGGUAGGUUCGAUUCGGAUGGUAAAAACCUCGGACAUCUACUGGCUGCGUGCCAGCGGCAACUACGUUGAGGUGGGCCACCGUGACGGGGUCCACCUUCAGCGUGUGCAGCUGUCGUUUCUGGAACGCCACCUGGACAGCGAACGGUUUUUCCGCACCCACCGCAGCGCCAUUGUUGCCCUGGGUGAGGUGACCGAGUAUCGUCACGGCAACGAUGAAAACGGUAUAGCGCUGACCCGGGACGGCAGCGAGAUACUGGUGUUGCAUUAA